GAUUGUGUAUGCUUAAUCGCUCUGGGAGGGAGUUUUUCCUUGAGACCGAGGGCGUCUUGAUAGCCAUCCAGGUUGCUGCCGCCACAAAGUGUUGCCUGUAUCUGUCCGUCCUAAUGGAGGCCACGGCUCUCAGCAUUGGAAAGUCCGUGCUGGAUGGAGCGCUUGGUUACGCCAAAUCCGCUCUGGCGGAGGAGGUGGCUCUGCAACUUGGAGUCCGGCGUGACCAGGUCUUCAUCACCAAUGAGCUCGAGAUGAUGCAGGCUUUCCUCAUGACUGCCCAUGACGAGAGAUAUGAUGACGACAGGGUUGUCAAAGUGUGGGUGAAACAAGUCCGCGAUGUGGCCUAUGAUGUCGAGGACACCCUUCAAGAAUUUGCUGUUCGCCUUGAGAAGCAGUCCUGGUGGCGUAUCCGUCGCACACUGCUGGAUCGGCGCCGCGUGGCCAAGCAGAUGAAGGAGCUCAGAGCCAAUGUUGAGGAUGUUAGCCAGAGGAACAUGCGCUACCACCUCGUCAGAUCCAAGCCAGUGUUAACAGCUGCUGAGCAAUCUGCCAUCGCUUCUGCAACAUUGUUUGGCAUCGAUGGAGCGAGGAAUGCCACCAAAUACAAGAAAUCAAACGUGGAUCUUGCCCAGCU